UAAGGUGGACAUACAAGUACUCAGGUCUCCUCCCAUGGUGGUUUCUCCCUCCAAUGCCCAUCAGUGACCCUAGGAAACGGCCAAUCCGUUUCGCUCGAUCGUUUCUCAGCAGACACGCCGCCAAAGAAGAGCUCUCUCAAGCAGUGUCUCGUCUCGAGUCCCUGACAGAGCAAGGGAUUCGCUUACCAUUCGAAGUCCUCGCGUCGCUGCUCCAGCGCUGUGGAGAAACGAGGUCCUUGAAGCAAGGGAAAUGGAUUCAUCGUCACUUGAAGAUCACUGGAUUCAAGAGACCCAACACGCUUUUGUCUAAUCAUUUGAUCGGAAUGUAUAUGAAAUGCGGCAAACCAAUUGACGCGUGUAAAGUGUUCGAUAGAAUGCUCACCAGGAACUUGUAUUCGUGGAACAAUAUGGUCUCUGGGCUUGUCAAGUCAGGGAUGUUGGUUCGUGCACGAGAGGUGUUCGAUAGUAUGCCCGAGAGGGAUGUUGUCUCAUGGAACUCGAUGGUCGUUGGGUACGCUCGGAGUGGGAAUGUAAACGAAGCUUUGUGGUUUUAUAGAGAGCUGAGGAGAUCUGGGAUCAAGUGCAACGAGUUCAGCUUCGCGGGGUUGUUGACAACGUGUGUGAAAUCGAGAGAGCUCCAGCUCACUCGGCAAGCUCACGGGCAGGUUAUGGUUGCUGGGUUUCUCUCAAAUGUGGUGCUUUCUUGUUCUAUCAUGGAUGCUUAUGCGAAAUGCGGUGAGAUGGAGAGCGCCAAAAGAUGUUUCGAUGAGGUGGCAGUGAAGGAUAAUUAUAUUUGGACUACUCUCAUCUCCGGAUACGCCAGAGUAGGUGAUAUGGAAGCAGCUAACGAGCUGUUCAUUGAGUUGCCAGAGAAAGAUCCAGUCUCUUGGGAUGCUUUAAUUUCUGGAUACGUUAGACAAGGCUCAGGGGACCGAGCGCUGCAGCUGUUUAGAGAAAUGAUUGCUUUGAGGGUUAAACCUGAGCAAUUUACUUUCAGCAGCUGUCUCUGUGCCUCUGCAUCAUCUCUUGGACAUGGCAAGCAAAUACAUGGCUACAUGAUCCGUACAAAUGUUGGUCCCAAUGCAAUUGUCAUCAGUUCUCUGAUCGAUAUUUACUCCAGAUCAGGGAGCUUAGAAGCCGGCGAGCGGGUUUUCAAUCUUUGCGGCGACAAGCAAGACUGUGUUGUGUGGAACACGAUGAUUUCUUCAUUGGCACAGCAUGGGCUUAGCCACAAGGCCUUGCGAGUGCUUGAUGACAUGAUCAAACUCAGAGUCCACCCGAACCGGACGACUCUGGCUGUGAUUCUGAGUGCCUGCAGUCACUCAGGUCUGGUGGAGGAAGGUGCAAGGUGCUUUGAUUCAUUGACUGCUGAUUACGGGAUCGUUCCCGACCAAGAACAUUACUCAUGUCUGAUAGAUCUCCUAGGUCGUGCCGGUUGUUUUGAAGAGUUGAUGAGCAGGAUCGAGAAAAUGCCUUUUAGACCAGACGAGCACAUCUGGAAUGCAAUCCUAGGAGUAUCCAGAAUCCAUGGAAAUAUGGAACUGGAGAAAAAAGUGGCGGAAGAGCUGAUUAAACUGGACGCAGAGCAAAAAGAAGAAGCUUCAAGAAGAUGAUCCUCGGACAAGAAGAUGCAUUUUCUGUAAAUUUUCUUCCCGUGAGGAUUGUACACUACUGUUAAAAGCCUGCAAAAGCAGAGGGAAGUUAUAGGUGUUGUGGUGAUAUUUUUUUUUAGCAGCUUCAAAAGUUUUGUAAGUGUAGCAGAGCUAACGAACUACAACUGUCGAAUUCUUUCUUUCUUUUUUUUUCCUUACUGGAGGCAAUUUUUCAAACGAAAAGAUUAAUAUUUCUGGUUUGAUUUGUAA